AUGAUUAGUUGCGAAAAUGUAAACAAUAGUAAUAGUGUUUUGGAAUAUAGAUUAUUUCAAAUAGAAAAAGAUCUAAAAGAAAUGUCAAAGCUCUAUGUAGACUCUUGGAGGGUCUCCUAUUGGUUCGUACCAAAAGAGCAUUUAGAUAAAAUGACCUAUGAAGAAAGUGAAGAAAAGUGGACUGAAUUUGUAAAAGGGAAAGAUUCAUUUAUUUAUCUUUGUGUUGGUAAUGGUGUAGUUUGUGGCAUGGCUGCUGUUAGAAGAGACCCAGAAGAAAAUACAUUCGAAUUAUAUACACUACAUAUUUUACAUUCACAUAAAGGAAAGGGAAUUGGUAAAAAGCUAAUGAAAACUGUUGCUCAACAUUUUAUAGAUAACCAAUCAACACUCAAUUGUAAAUGUCUAUAUUUAUGGGCAGUACCAAUAAACACUCCUGCUGUCAGUCUUUAUACAAAAUUAGGAGCUACCAUUUUAAAAUAUCAAACUGAAUAUUUUGCAGGUAUUGGAUUAGAUGAAAUUGGUUUACAUUGGACUGAUUUAAAUUUAAUUUUAAAUAACUAA